GCUGCGCAGGCAUCGGGCUGCUGGCUGGGGCACCGCCACCUGGCUGCCUGCGCUUUACCCCCUGCUGAGGGCUGCGGGAGCUGGUCGCGGCGCCAGACACGGCUCAGGAAAGUGGGUGAGCGACCCCCGGCUCCCGCGGGCGCCGCGCGGCCCCGCCCCCGCAGCUAGCGGCCCUGCGGCAGCCGGGGGCUCGAGCUCCGCCCUCCGCCUCCCGCCGGCCUCACUCCCUCCUCCCUCCUCCCUUGCUCGCUCGCUGGCUCCCUCCCCCCGGGCCGGCUCGGCGUUGACUCCGCCGCACGCUGCAGCCGCGGCUGGAAGAUGGCGGGGAACGACUGCGGCGCGCUGCUGGACGAAGAGCUCUCCUCCUUCUUCCUCAACUAUCUCGCUGACACGCAGGGUGGAGGGUCCGGGGAGGAGCAACUCUAUGCUGACUUUCCAGAACUCGACCUCUCCCAGCUGGAUGCCAGCGACUUUGACUCGGCCACCUGCUUUGGGGAGCUGCAGUGGUGCCCAGAGAACUCAGAGACUGAACCCAACCAGUACAGCCCCGAUGACUCCGAGCUCUUCCAGAUUGACAGUGAGAAUGAGGCCCUCCUGGCAGAGCUCACCAAGACCCUGGAUGACAUCCCUGAAGAUGACGUGGGUCUGGCUGCCUUCCCAGCCCUGGAUGGUGGAGACGCUCUAUCAUGCACCUCAGCUUCGCCUGCCCCCUCAUCUGCACCCCCCAGCCCUGCCCCGGAGAAGCCCUCGGCCCCAGCCCCUGAGGUGGACGAGCUCUCACUGCUGCAGAAGCUCCUCCUGGCCACAUCCUACCCAACAUCAAGCUCUGACACCCAGAAGGAAGGGACCGCCUGGCGCCAGGCAGGCCUCAGAUCUAAAAGUCAACGGCCUUGUGUUAAGGCGGACAGCACCCAAGACAAGAAGCCUCCCGUGACGCAGUCUCAGAGCCGAAGUUGUACAGAACUACAUAAGCACCUCACCUCGGCACAGUGCUGCCUGCAGGAUCGGGGUCUGCAGCCACCAUGCCUCCAGAGUCCCCGGCUCCCUGCCAAGGAGGACAAGGAGCCGGGUGAGGACUGCCCGAGCCCCCAGCCAGCUCCAGCCUCUCCCCGGGACUCCCUAGCUCUGGGCAGGGCAGACCCCGGUGCCCCGGUUUCCCAGGAAGACAUGCAGGCGAUGGUGCAACUCAUACGCUACAUGCACACCUACUGCCUCCCCCAGAGGAAGCUGCCCCCACAGACCCCUGAGCCACUCCCCAAGGCCUGCAGCAACCCCUCCCAGCAGGUCAGAUCCCGGCCCUGGUCCCGGCACCACUCCAAAGCCUCCUGGGCUGAGUUCUCCAUUCUGAGGGAACUUCUGGCUCAAGACGUGCUCUGUGAUGUCAGCAAACCCUACCGUCUGGCCACGCCUGUUUAUGCCUCCCUCACACCUCGGUCAAGGCCCAGGCCCCCCAAAGACAGUCAGGCCUCCCCUGGUCGCCCAUCCUCGGUGGAGGAGGUAAGGAUCGCAGCUUCACCCAAGAGCACCGGGCCCAGACCAAGCCUGCGCCCACUGCGGCUGGAGGUGAAAAGGGAGGUCCGCCGGCCUGCCAGACUGCAGCAGCAGGAGGAGGAAGACGAGGAAGAAGAGGAGGAGGAAGAGGAAGAAGAAAAAGAGGAGGAGGAGGAGUGGGGCAGGAAAAGGCCAGGCCGAGGCCUGCCAUGGACGAAGCUGGGGAGGAAGCUGGAGAGCUCUGUGUGCCCCGUGCGGCGUUCUCGGAGACUGAACCCUGAGCUGGGCCCCUGGCUGACAUUUGCAGAUGAGCCGCUGGUCCCCUCGGAGCCCCAAGGUGCUCUGCCCUCACUGUGCCUGGCUCCCAAGGCCUACGACGUAGAGCGGGAGCUGGGCAGCCCCACGGACGAGGACAGUGGCCAAGACCAGCAGCUCCUACGGGGACCCCAGAUCCCUGCCCUGGAGAGCCCCUGUGAGAGUGGGUGUGGGGACAUGGAUGAGGACCCCAGCUGCCCGCAGCUCCCUCCCAGAGACUCUGCCAGGUGCCUCAUGCUGGCCUUGUCACAAAGCGACCCAACUUUUGGCAAGAAGAGCUUUGAGCAGACCUUGACAGUGGAGCUCUGUGGCACAGCAGGACUCACCCCACCCACCACACCACCGUACAAGCCCACAGAGGAGGAUCCCUUCAAACCGGACAUCAAGCAUAGUCUAGGCAAAGAAAUAGCUCUCAGCCUCCCCUCCCCUGAGGGCCUCUCACUCAAGGCCACCCCAGGGGCUGCCCACAAGCUGCCAAAGAAGCACCCGGAGCGGAGUGAGCUCCUGUCCCACCUGCGACAUGCCACAGCCCAGCCAGCCUCCCAGGCUGGCCAGAAGCGUCCCUUCUCCUGUUCCUUUGGAGACCAUGACUACUGCCAGGUGCUCCGACCAGAAGGCGUCCUGCAAAGGAAGGUGCUGAGGUCCUGGGAGCCGUCUGGGGUUCACCUUGAGGACUGGCCCCAGCAGGAUGCCCCUCGGGCUGAGGCACAGGCCCCUGGCAGGGAGGAAGACAGAAGCUGUGAUGCUGGCGCCCCACCCAAGGACAGCACGCUGCUGAGAGACCAUGAGAUCCGUGCCAGCCUCACCAAACACUUUGGGCUGCUGGAGACCGCCCUGGAGGAGGAAGACCUGGCCUCCUGCAAGAGCCCUGAGUAUGACACUGUCUUUGAAGACAGCAGCAGCAGCAGCGGCGAGAGCAGCUUCCUCCCAGAGGAGGAAGAGGAAGAAGGGGAGGAGGAGGAGGAGGACAAUGAAGAAGAGGACUCAGGGGUCAGCCCCACUUGCUCCGACCACUGUCCCUACCAGAGCCCACCAAGCAAGGCCAACCGGCAGCUCUGUUCCCGCAGCCGCUCAAGCUCUGGCUCUUCACCCUGCCACUCCUGGUCACCAGCCACUCGAAGGAACUUCAGAUGUGAGAGCAGAGGGCCGUGUUCAGACAGAACGCCAAGCAUCCGGCACGCCAGGAAGCGGCGGGAAAAGGCCAUUGGUGAAGGCCGCGUGGUGUACAUUCAAAAUCUCUCCAGCGACAUGAGCUCCCGAGAGCUGAAGAGGCGCUUUGAAGUGUUUGGUGAGAUUGAGGAGUGCGAGGUGCUGACGAGAAAUAGGAGAGGCGAGAAGUACGGCUUCAUCACCUACCGGUGUUCUGAGCACGCGGCCCUCUCUUUGACAAAGGGCGCUGCCCUGAGGAAGCGCAACGAGCCCUCCUUCCAGCUGAGCUACGGAGGGCUCCGGCACUUCUGCUGGCCCAGAUACACUGACUACGAUUCCAAUUCAGAAGAGGCCCUUCCUGCGUCAGGGAAAAGCAAGUAUGAAGCCAUGGAUUUUGACAGCUUACUGAAAGAGGCCCAGCAGAGCCUGCAUUGAUAACAGCCUUAACCCUCGAGGAAUACCUCAAUACCUCAGACAAGGCCCUUCCAAUAUGUUUACGUUUUCAAAGAAAUCAAGUAUAUGAGGAGAGCGAGCGAGCGUGAGAGAACACCCGUGAGAGAGACUUGAAACUGCUGUCCUUUUAAAAAAAAAAAAUCAAUGUUUACAUUGAACAAAGCUGCUUCUGUCUGUGAGUUUCCAUGGUGUUGACGUUCCACUGCCACAUUAGUGUCCUCGCUUCCAACGGGUUGUCCUGGGUGCACCUUGAAGUGCCGGGUCCGUCACCCAUCGCCCCUUCCUUCCCAACUGACUUCCUCUCGUAGACUUGCAGCUGUGUUCACCAUAACAUUUCUUGUCUGUAGUGUGUGAUGAUGAAAUUGUUACUUGUGAAUAGAAUCAGGACUAUAAACUUCAUUUUUAAUUGAAAAAAAAAGUAUAUCCUUAAAAUAAUGUAUUUAUGGCUCAGAUGUACUGUGCCUGGGAUUAUUGUAUUGCUUCCUUGAUUUUUUAACUAUGCACUGUCAUGAGGUGUUUGCCACUGAGCUGCCCUGCUCCCCUUGCCAGAUUGCCCUGGAGGUGCUGGGUGGCCGCUAGGCUGGUCUGCAGGAAAGCGCGGCCUGCCGUUUCCAGGCCGUAUCUGCCAAGCCCUGCCUUGUCUCUUACUGAGCAAGUUUGGCUCAAAUUAUAGGAGCCCCCAUCUUGUGCCCAGCUCACGCUCCAAGUGUGUGUCUAUCCAUUUGUACUCAGACCCUUGAGUACCUUGUAAGGAAGGCGGGGCAAGCUGCAUCAUUCCUGUUUUCCAGGGGAGGCUGGCAGCUCCUCAAGAGGCGAAAUGACUGUGGGAGGUCCGGUUACCAGUGAGGAGGCAGAGCGGUGACCCAGACCAGGCCUUCUGGUUCUUGGUCCCGUGCUUCCGUAGUAGCUGGGGUAAAGACACCGUUUCAGGGACUGGUAGAGGUGAGUUCGGCUAAAUUGGGCACCGGGCUAGAAGCCUAAGGGCUCAUUUUAGGGGUUACAUUAGGUGUUGAUUCACCAGCAUCAGGUGAAUUCAAGCCCUGGCAUGUGUCUUGGGUGCACCAUCAGCUUUGAUCCUGAGUGGUCCUGCGGUUUGUCUGUGCCUGUGGACACACUGUCAGAACUUCAGUGACGCCCCUGGCAGCGGUACAGACAGGUGGUCUGGGAGCAGUCAUCUUUUUUGGGCCAGCCACCAGCCCAUCCUACUCCCUCAGGUAGUCCUUCGUCUUUACCUUGUCCUUGUCUGUAAAGUUGUUUUGGUGGCUGGGGCAGGGGAGCCAGGAGGAGGGAGUGAAGGUUGGGAAUAGAUAGGACAAUCUCCUGGCUCUCCUCCAAUUGAGAAAACACUCCAAUUGGGCUUUGCUUUAAACUUUGUGUUCUUAAGUGAUGUCAAAGCCAUUUCCAGCUUAAUGUUCUGUGGGUACCUUGGGGGCCAUUCAUGCAGAGAGCAUGGCCAGGCAGGGUAUGAGUACAUUGUUUCUGAUUUCUUUCAUACAUCAGGGUUCCUUGGGAAAUUUUUGUAUUUUUUUUUAAGUCCUGCUGCUUUAAAAAUUUGAAAGUGGCUCAUUAAACUAAACAGGCUAAUGUAAUUUGUUGCUUAUGCCAAGCCUAGACUGUUGAGAAUUGACUUUUUUAAAGAUUAUCAAAUACCUCAGUAGGUAAAAUGAGCCCAUGAUCUUCCACUGAGUGGUGAGCAUACUCCCAGCCCAUGGACAAGGCCGGAAGAGACAGGCUUUAGUAGGGGUAGGGAAUUUGAACUGUUGUGUGUCACAGCAGUUGACCUCUCUGGACUCCAAUUUCCUUUCCUGUGAAAUGAACUGAUUAGACAUGUUUCAACAUUGUUAGCUUCUGCUGAGGCAGUGUCUAGCCCAAGAUGGCAAAUACAUAGCUCAUGUGCCACUACUCCCACCUCCUUGACCAAUACAGACAUAACUAAUCAAUCACACCACUCAGGUUCCUUGAGCCUGGAUGUGCUAUAAGAAUCCUGAAAUCAGUGCUCUGGUAAGUCAUUACUAAUUGAUUAGAGUUCAAUCUAUUUGACAUCUUGGGCUAAUCUUUGGAAGGUUUCCAACAAUCACACAAAACCAUAUGCUGGCUGGGUUUCAUGCUGGCCUAUCCCUGUCUGUGAUGUUCCGUUCCAUGAGAGAAAACUCCCCUAAUGCUAUUCCAUGGCGUAAUACUCCCAAUACUAUUUUGACGCACACGUCCCCUUGCAGAGGGUGCAGGGGGCAGUAGACGAAUGACAGACAGGAACAUAUUUGGGGAAGGCAGGGCUUAAGAAGAUGGACCAAAAAGGGACUUCCCACAGCACAGACCUGAUCAUUCGGAUUUCCUCUUUAGCUAUUCACUGCCUAGCACAUAGUAGGCACACAAUAAAUGAUUAUGGAAUGGGAUAAAAUUUAGAUCUUUCUGCUGCCUCCACUAAGUUAAGUCCUGAUUUACAUCAAGGAGAGAACUGAGAUAGGAAAGAACACUAGAUUCCAAGUCUGGAGAGUUGGGGGAGUCCAGAUUCUACCAAGAAUUUCCUUUGUAACUUUGGUAAGUCCCUUUUACUCCCUGGCACCCUGGUGUGCUGAAAGGAGUUGGUCCAUAUAUGAUCUCUUAGCCCCUCUUAUUUGCUUCUUCCUUGAUUGCUCUUGGUCAAAGGGUCAGCCUUGGGCUGGUGAUACUUUAGAGUAAAGAAAUGGAGAGUUUUAGCAAAGGACCAGUCUGUCCCUCCCUGCUUUGGGGUCAGCUAAAGCUGUCCUUUCAUGUCAGAUUAACCUAGGACACUUGUAGUUAGCUUAGACGUUGGCCCUUGAGCAGAGACCUGAGCGUGGCAUUGGGACAUGACAUACCUAAAGUCAGGGCUAGGGGAUGCUGCCUGCCAAGGGCAUCGAGUAGUCUCUACUUGCUAUCCCGUACAUAAAAUGCUACAAGUUCUAAAAUUUACCGACCCUGCAGACAACCUCUAUCCGAAGGACUCAUUCGGUGCUGUGUAUUAUUUAGGGCAACUCCAAGGUCUAUUCAGAAAAACGAGUGAACCUUGGUCUCUUUCCCACCAAACUGAGGAGUAACCCAGAGGGAGCAGCUGCCAUUGGCAACCAUCUCGUUGUAGCUCUGUCCUAGUGUUUGCUCUUGAUGAUGUUUACAUGUGAUCGCCAUAAAGCUUGCUGUAGACUGUGUCGAUAGCCGCCCGCACAGGGCAGGUCGUACUGUCCGUUUCUGUGCCGUGCUGGUGUUUUCCAAAAAUGUCUGAUCCAACCACUAAGUGGAAUUCUUCCAUCUCCUUCCUCAGUCUGUACAAGGCUGAAUCAGAAUCCCCAUUCUCGGGGCCUCUGGUUACCGAAGGAAAAUGCAUCAAAGAGUUAAAGAAUAUGAGUGGAUGGAGUGCAGCUAAGGCCCCCACCCCUUCUCCGUCACAACUUGCCCCCUCAACCAAAAAGCUGCUUUGAGUCAAAAAGCACCCAUAAGAUACCUGCAUCUGCCUUGAAAUCUUGCAGCAUGGAGUGUCAUAGGUACUCAGGAGAGAGGCAGGGCUUUGCAGGCAGGAGAAGGAAGGGAGGAAUGCUCUGAGCUGCAAAGACCCAGUACUCAAGUUCUGACGCGGGAGGAGAUGCAGUGAGACAUCUUUUGUGGCCUAAAGCCUGUUCCUGUUGGUUUUUUUAGAGUGAUUUCUCCUAGACAUGUGCAGUAGGCCCACUGGGGCUGCUGUGCAGUGGUGAGUAGAAGGGCAGGGAAGGCAUGGACAGCCUGGUCCUUCUGCAUGGACAGCUCAGUCCAUGGCCCAUCCCAGGUGUAGAGUUCAGUUAAUCCCAUUUGAGCCUGCAGCUUGAGAGAUGGCUCAUCCUAACUGUGAAGCAAAAUCAGCCCCAGAGGAUGUAUUGAUCUGACUCACUGAUGUCAAAAUUGCAGUAUUUUUUUAGCAUUUGAGAUUUAGCAGCUGCCUUCAGUUUGGGGUUACCCACAUCCCAGCAUCAGAUAUGAUUAAGGAAAGAAAUUGGAUGUACAACAGCAAAGAAAGUGAAUGUAAUGGUUUCACUGGCCAAAGAAGAGGGACCCUGUCAUCCCUUACCAAUGGGGAAGAAGAAAACUAGUGCAUGUGCAAUAUGUCAAAGUUAGUCCCCUAGUCCCCGAGGUGUUUUUACACACAGAUGGGCUCCAGGUCUGCUCAAGUUUGGAGGUACCGGGUAAAUGGAGGGGAGCUUCAGAGUUGGAAACCCACAUGCAUGGAUGUGUCCUUGGCCCAGAACCGCCAUGGGAUGGGGGAGGCCCUGAGCCGGCUACAAGACACCCAGGAAGUAGGCAAAGGCUGACUUGGCAUUAAACAAUAAAAGCACUUUGAGAAAACCCCAACACUUCAGCCUGGGUCCGUGUUUCUACACUGGAAAAUAUGAGUCUCCUUUGGCUGUGUGAAGUGCUCUUCUAGAGACUGGGACAGGGAGUUCGGGAAUGGGGCUGCUGUCAGGUAGGAGAGAGCAGAGAUGCCUUUGGAGAUGUCAGCAGCAGGAGAGCCAGUGCUGGGGCCAACCCUUUGCUGGCCUUUUGUUGGAAGCCCUUGAAACAGGGAGCCAUGGGUUUAGAUCUUGGUACCUACCUUUACAGAAAGAUGAAAACAGCCCAGCUGAGUGAAAUGAGUUUGUAGAGUAAGUCACUUAACUAUAAGCCAUCUCAGAAUCAGAAACCCCAAUGUUUCUUACUUGCUGUGUGACCUUGGGCCCCUGUUUCCUCAUCUACCAAAUGAGAAUGUUGAAUAUGAGCAUUAAAGUCCCUUUCACCUCUGAGAGGCUCAGAUCCCCAACCAGGAGCAUUGGGAAUCCAUCACUCCUCCUUGAAACUGAUUCCAUUCUCUGACUCGACCCAGCUCCUGUUCAGGGUGAGGGUUCUCUGCAAGAACCAACCAGCAGUAGGUUCAAUCCCACUGUGUCCUGGCUGAGUUGCCUUAUCCAAGAAGACCAGCUCCCCGGGACAGAUCUAAGCCAUAGUUUCUAGUGGGGACAGUAAGGAAUUAAACCCCCAACUUGGCUAGGUAACGAUGUCAAAUCUCACAUUAACCUUAUCUUUGUCCCCACUGGAUAGCUGUUAAUCCGAAUGUUGUGACCAUUUGGCUGUUUCUCUCUUGUUCUCAGACAAUACUAGCAAUACACUUUUUUUUUUUUUUUUAAAGAAAAAUAGCUUAGGCACUUUUCACACAUUUCUUUCAAAUGAUUGUAAAACAUAUGGGGCAACAGGAGGCAUUGAUCACGCUGCAUAUGUUUAGGGCAGCUUUUGUUUUUUGUUUCUUUAAUGGUAUAGCAGCAGUGACUGAGCCUUCGUGAUUCCUGGGGACAGCUUUUCAGAUACUCUGUUUCAUCAGUAUGCUUUGCACAUCCGGAAGGAGUACAAAAAUCCAACUGCCCGAAUUUGGGGCUUGGAAAAUAGGUUUUAUAGGUGAUCGGUCCCUGGGCUGUGCAACAACUCCUCAAAGAGGGGUUUAUAUAACUAGAACCCCCCUGGGCUGUAUUUUUGGUCAAAGGAGUCUCCAAGGCGGCUUACAAAAGCUUCCUUUUUCACUUGACCACCCUUGCUCAUUGGUUACUUGUGAAGGGAAUUGGUCAGUUUCCACCUCAGCACUUUGCCUUAUCAACAUGUGGUCGCCAUCUAGUGGCCAAAGGUUGUCUCCACCAGCUACCCAGAUGGAAGGCAAAUAAAUCCUUUCGGCCACCCUGCUGUCCAUCGUGAACUUUAGGAAUGAAAUAUAAUGGCAUGAACGAACUGCCUUUGUGUUCAGAGAUCAGUGCAACACUAGGGUCAGAAGACUCCAGAAGCAGCCACUUAGUAGACUCUCACGCAGAACUGAGAAAUGCACUAGCUGUCCUGUGGGCAGAAGAGACAGGAGUGGACCAGGAGAGGUCCAGGUGCCCGGGAAGGGUUUACUGUAACUGCAAUACUGGCAGCCCAGCUGCCGACCUUGUUAAGUAAACCUUUGCUGGGUGGUCCGAAUUAUGCCCUCAAGGCAAGAUAAGAAGGUGGGUGUAAGGAUUUUGUGGGGGGCCUGGCCAUGAUCUUUGAUAUGAUCCCCGAAUAGCCAAAUAGUUUUUUUUGUUCAAUUUUUUGUUUCUGUAUUUUGUAUUUUUAAAAUCUUGUCAAAUGUUUUUGUGUUAGGAAUAAAAAGUCAUAAACUAUUCCCAACUUUGUUUCUUGAGGGAUGUUCUCAUUCCAAUGGAAACAGGUGGGAAAUCUCAAGGGGAGCGUGGACAAGGUGGUAUGUGCAGCAGGGGAAUAGACUGCUUGGAUUUCCAAAUGGUUUCUGGGGAAGAUGACCAUCCAGAAGUCCAGCUUAGUGCAGUCUGCUCUGGAAUUCACACCCACCCCCUCGCCUCCUUGUGCCAUGUUGUUAGCAUUGGCUUGGAGCAUCUGCUUCUUCCAGAGGCAGCUGCUAAUGUUGAAACCAACACGAGCCCUCUCCCCAACCCCAGGUUUCUAAAGAAGGUGUCUGUAGCCAGCCUUAAUCAACUGGGCAAGGUGGUCCCUAUGGUCCUUUCCAGCAUUUCCAAAUCUUGGACUCAAAUUAUUUUCUCUUGGUGUGACCACACAGCCUAGAGAAUUCUGAGCAAUAGGAGCCAGGGCUUUCCCUGACUCUGCGACAGGGUCAAACCAAGGAAUGGCUAAACCUGUGAGGUUUUGUCAUCCCCGGGGGUACUACUGUAGGGGGCAUUAUUUAUUAGGAAGCUUAACAAGGUAACUACAGCCUGAGUGCGUGAGUGUAAGGCUGUGUUUGUGGUGGGUGUGUGUGUGUGUAUCUGUGCACACAUACACACGUCUGUGCCUGUGUGUGUGUGUUUGUGUGUGUGUGUGUGUGUGUGGAAUUACAUUGAUGCAUUUAUUGAGAAAGGUGCAAGAAUUUCACCUACACAGAGGGACACAUCUGCUUUGUUAUUUAUAAUAGAAAGCUAAAUUUUAAUUUUUUAAAGGACACUGCUAAUGAUUGAGAAUCAAGUUUUUAGUUUUGCUAUUUUUUUUAAUUGGUAGAGGAUUUUUAUAUAUUUUUUCCAUUUUGUUGGGUUGUGUCCUUAUUUAUAUAAAUACUUUAUCCGUAAGAGGCAAGGAGGAAACCUUCUUUGCUUUUAAUUACUGUGGUUGUCAUCGUCCCUAUUUUAUUUCUGGUGUGAUUUCUCUGUCUUACCUUCUAAAUGAGAAAAUGUUUUCUUGUAUUUGUACAUUGUCAGAUUCUAUAGUUUCCUAGAUAAUUUAACCAAAUUGCUCUAUGUAUUAUUAUUCUGUGAGUAUAAAGUUCUAUUUUAAUGUCUGUAAAUACUUCAGAACUGGCUUCUUUUCUCAAACUCCCACUGUGGGGUUAUUGUUUACAUCACAGAAACUGUAGAAUCUCUAUGCUCAUGUACUGUAAAUAGUGAAGUGAUCUGCUUAUAAAUAAACUUAACAAAUACACUAUGGAGAUUAAAAACAAAAUACCACCCACA